GUCACCGCCAUGGACGACUCUGUGGGGCGCAUUGUGGAGCAGCUACGGAAGUCCCACAUGCUAGACAACUCCAUAAUAAUCUUCUCCACUGACAAUGGCGGUCCGGCGGAGGGUUUCAACUCGAAUUUCGCCUCCAACUAUCCACUGAGGGGUGUGAAGAAUACGCUGUGGGAGGGCGGAGUGCGAGGUGCUGGGCUGGUGUGGUCCGCACAGCUGAGCAAACGUCCACGCGUCGCAGAUCAGACCAUGCACAUUGUGGAUUGGCUGCCCACGCUGCUGGAAGCGGCUGGCGGUGAGGCGGCACUUGCCCAGCUGAACAACGCUCAGCUGGAUGGGAUGAGUGUGUGGCAAGCGCUGCUCAAGAACGAGGUGUCGCCGCGCAAGAGCGUGUUGCAUAACAUAGACGACAUCUGGGGCAGCGCAGCGUUGAGCGUGGGCGACUGGAAGCUGGUGAAGGGCACCAACUACAAUGGCUCAUGGGAUGGCUGGUAUGGGCCGGCGGGCACGCGCAAUCCCCGCGACUACGACUGGUUCCUGGUCGCCAAGAGUCCAGCAGGCCAARCMCUGCAGCAGCUGAAGGUGUUGCCCAAAACUGCGGAUAUGAUACGAGCCCGCGAAGCAGCCAAUGUCAUCUGCAAGGAUGCCAGGCUGAAGGAUGCGCCGAACAUCUCCUGCAACCCACUAAAGGCGCCCUGUCUCUUCAAUAUACGGGAAGAUCCCUGCGAGCAGCGUAACCAAGCGGCUGUGUAAGUUCCUAAGGUGCUGGAACUCAUGCUGAAGGAGCUGCAGCUCAUAAACUCAACUGCAGUGCCUCCCGCAAAUAA